AUGCGCUUUCUUUUCUUGUACACCUGUGCGCUGCUCGCUUUGUCCACUAACGCCGCGCCUAAUUUCGGUUACUACUAUGAACGCAAUAUCAACACCAAUACUAACUCAAAUAGCAAUAACAACAGCUUUCGCGCAAAGGAUAAUAACAAUGAGAAUUUCUUUAAUCCUGCGCCUAACAGCAAUGCACUACUUCUACCGCAACAUCACCAAACACUGCGUCAACAAUUACAGUCGCAGCAGCAGCAGCAGCAGCAACAGCAUAAAGCAUCACAACAAUCGUACAGCGGUGAUAAAUACCUACCGCCCUCCCAACCCGCCGUCGAACCUAUAAUUACAAAGCAAUUCUUCUUAGUAUCCGCACCAGAAGAGUCGGAGGAGCAAACACGCACCAAGCAUAUUGUCAUUGGACGUCCACAAAAAAACUAUCGCGUUGUGUUUAUUAAGGCGCCUUCGCCAGAAAAUGCCAAUCUCAAAUUGACUGCCGAAUAUGCGCCACAAGAGGAGAAAACAGUUAUUUAUGUGCUGAGUAAGAAGGCUAAUGAGUUGAAUAUUGAUGAAAUUAGUACACCAGCGCCAACACAACCCACCAAACCGGAGAUAUUUUUCAUUAAGUACAAAACACCAGAGGAAGCAGCAGCUGCACAAAAGGAAAUUCAAGAGCAAUAUGACAAUCUUGGCGGCACAUCAGAGUUCUCCGACGAAGGAGUUGCACCCAGUAAAUCCGUUGUGGGCUCCCUCGACGGUUUAGCAGCGAGUGGCGGCUAUGAUUAUCGCAAAGUGCAGAACGGCGGCGAUUCACCGAUUAAAACUUUUCUACAACCAGCGCGAUUUUAUUUCUAAGCAAACCGGCAUUUUGUUAGAUGAAUUAUUUGAGUAUAAAUAAGUUGUCUCUUCAGCAUUUUAGUAAAGCUUUCAGAAAAAUAUACACCAAUGCUUAGUCAAAGCUUUCAAACAAAAGACUUAAGCUGCAAACUUGAUGGACAUAACACUAUUUGUGUAUUUUCAUACAAAUCUAUGAAUGCGCUGACAAAUAUAUGUACUUUUGUUUAUUUUUUUCCUGCUAAAAAACACUCGCAAAACGUAUGUAUGCUUUCAACCAAUAAACAAUUGAUCGAUCACAUUAUCAACAGCGUUUUAUCGCAUGCAUGGCAUGACAUGGUUAAACAUGUUUGGACAUCGCAUGUUCUAUGUAAACAACGAAUGCAUUAUUCAUUUAUAAGACUAAAUUUCACUUUCAAAUAUU